AUGUCCACUGGCAGUCAGCAUUUUGGAUGCCGUGAGAAAGGCAUCUUGGAGGUAUCCCCUGAGCCAGAAUUCGGUCAGAACAAGCACGGUGAUGGCCAGGGUCCCCUCUCCAAACCACCUGAUAAACCCCGUGUCCCCACGCAGAACGCCGACACAGCCAAGCAGCUGACGGUCACGCAGCAGAGCCAGGAGGAGGUGGCACGCGUCAAGGAGCAGCUGGCGUUUCAGGUGGAGCAGGUGAAGCGAGAGGCCGAGAUGAAGGCAGGCAGUGAGCUCAGUGCCCAGGUGGAGGCCCUGCAUGCCGAGAAGGAGGUGCUGAGGCGGUCGGUGAGCGAGAAGGAGUGCGAGCUGCUCUCCACGCGUGGCCUCAUCGAGGAGAAGGAGCUGCAGCUGAGCCAGGAGGCGGACAAGGCCAUGAGGGAGAUACGGGAGCUACAGGGCAGGCUCCUGGAGAAGAGCAACCAGGAGCAGAGCCUGCAGCAGAAGCUGCUGGACGAGCAGUUCGGCAUCCUGCAGGAGACGGUGCGGGAGGCAGAGGACAUCCUCCGUGAUGCGGUGGCCAAGCUGGAUGACCCGCUGCACAUCCGCUGCACCAGCUCCCCAGAUUACCUGCUCAGCCGGGCGCAGGCAGCGCUGGAGUCCACAGAUGCCCUGGAGAACGGGCACGCGCAGUACGUGGCCUCCAUGGCAGAUGCUGCGGGGCUGGUGGGGGCUCUGGCCCUCUUUGCACACCUGACGGCCGACACCAUUGUGAACGGCAGCGCCACGUCCCACCUGGCUCCGACUGACCACGCUGACCGGUUGAUGGAGAUGUGCCGGGACUGUGGGCAGCAGAGCCUGGACUACCUGGGUGAGCUGAAGGACAAGCAGACGCUGGGGCGUGCUGAGCUGGGGGACGUGCGGCGGGCUCUGCAGAGGGUCCUGCAGCUGGCCCAGGAGCUGAGGCCCAAGAGCUUAGAUAUCAAGCAAGAAGAGCUGGGGGACAUGGUUGAGAAGGAGAUGGCCUCCACCUCGGAGGCGAUUGAGGAUGCCGUCAGGCGGAUAGAGGAGAUGAUGAGCCAGGCCAGAAACGAGAGCUCCGGUGUUAAGCUUGAAGUGAAUGAGCGGAUUCUGAACUCCUGCACGGACCUAAUGAAGGCUAUUAGACUUCUUGUAAUGACAUCUACAAACCUACAGAAGGAGAUAGUAGAAAGUGGCCGGGGGGCAGCAACAACUCAGGAGUUUUACGCCAAGAACUCGCGCUGGACUGAAGGGCUGAUCUCUGCCUCCAAGGCGGUGGGCUGGGGAGCCACCCAACUCGUGGAGUCGGCAGACAGAGUUGUCCUGCAUAUGGGCAAAUACGAAGAAUUGAUCGUCUGCUCCCAUGAAAUCGCCGCCAGCACGGCCCAGCUGGUGGCUGCCUCCAAGGUCAAAGCCGAGAAGAGCAGCAGGAACCUGGGCAGGCUCCAAGAGUGCUCACGCAACGUCAAUGAGAUGGCAGCCAACGUGGUGGCUUCCACCAAGUCAGGACAAGAGCAGAUUGAGGAGAAAGACACCAUGGACUUUUCGGGCAUGUCCCUCAUCAAGCUGAAGAAGGAAGAGAUGGAAACGCAGGUGAAGGUGCUGGAGCUGGAGAAGCGGCUGGGGGGGCCGGAGCGAGACGCCGGCCUAUGCCCGCCUCACAGGGCGAACUUCUAG